AGAACAACGCCGGAAAAUUGGUCUCCUGCUGCUGGUGAUCGUAGGCUGCUUGGUGGUCCGCAGGUUUAACUGGAGCGAUAUGGUCCCUCUUCAGCGCUGGAACCGGCAUUUGGGCCUGGAGGCCAAGGACUCGGAAUUCCUGCUGGAAGGCUCCCGCUUCCGGAUUUUGGGGGGCUCUAUACACUACUUUCGAGUGCCCAGAGAGUACUGGAAAGAUCGGUUGCUGAAGCUGAAGGCCUGCGGCUUAAACACCCUCACCACGUAUAUUCCCUGGAAUCUCCAUGAGCCUGAAAGAGGAAAGUUUAACUUCAGCGGGAACUUGGACGUAGAGGCCUUUGUCCAGAUGGCGGCAGAUAUUGGGCUGUGGGUGAUUCUGCGCCCUGGGCCCUACAUCUGCAGCGAGUGGGACCUCGGGGGCUUGCCCAGCUGGUUACUCCAAGACUCCAACAUGGAGCUGAGAACAACCUACAUGGGCUUCGUUAAAGCCGUGGACCUUUAUUUUAAUCAUCUGAUACCCAAGGUGGUUCCCCUGCAGUACACACAGGGAGGGCCCAUCAUCGCUGUGCAGGUGGAGAAUGAAUAUGGCUCCUAUGACAAGGACCCAAACUACAUGCCCUACAUCAAGACGGCCCUGCUGAAAAGAGGGAUUGUGGAGCUGCUUAUGACUUCAGACAACAAGGACGGCCUGAGUGGAGGCUACGUGGAAGGAGUACUGGCUACCAUCAAUUUAAAGAAUGUGGAUUCCAUGAUUUUCAACUAUCUCCAGUCAUUCCAGGACAAUAAGCCCACGAUGGUGACAGAGUUUUGGACGGGAUGGUUUGACACGUGGGGUGGUCCCCACCACAUUGUGGACGCCGAUGAUGUGAUGGUCUCUGUUUCCUCAAUCAUCCAGAUGGGUGCCUCCCUCAACCUUUAUAUGUUUCAUGGAGGAACCAACUUUGGUUUCAUGAACGGGGCUCAGCAUUUUACUGAUUACCAGGCUGAUGUCACGAGCUAUGACUACGAUGCCAUACUGACUGAAGCUGGGGAUUACACACCAAAGUUCUUCAAGUUGCGGGAGUACUUCAGCACCCUCAUAGAUAAUCCACUGCCCCACUUGCCUGCCUUAAAACCAAAGGCCUCCUACCAUGCUGUGAGGCCCUCUCACUACAUUUCACUAUGGGAUGCCUUGGAGCACACGGGCAAGCCAGUUGAGACCGAGAAGCCAGUCAAUAUGGAGAAUCUGUCAGUGAACCAAGGCAACGGCCAGUCCUAUGGGUACAUACUCUAUGAGACAUCCAUCUAUGAGGGAGGCACCCUUUUCUCCAAGGACCACAUUCGGGACCGGGCCCAGGUGUUUGUGAACAAGAUGUACAUCGGAUACAUAGACUACCUAGUUGAAGGACUGCCUAUCCCCAGAGGUCAGGGCCAUCGUAAGCUGAGUAUCCUGGUGGAGAAUCGUGGUCGAGUCAACUAUGGUUUGAUGCUGAAUAAGCAGCGGAAAGGAUUAAUUGGCGAUAUCUUUCUGAAUGAUUCUCCACUCCGGAAUUUCAAAAUCUACAGCCUGGAGAUGAAAGCAGACUUCUUUCAGAGUCUCUCCCCCAAGUGGGGUCCAGUUCCAGAGGAAGCCAUAGGUCCGGCCUUUUUCCGGGGGACUCUUCAUGUUGGCUUCAUAGUCCUGGACACCUUCCUGAAGCUAGAGGGCUGGGUAAAGGGAGUGGUGUUCAUCAAUGGCCAGAACCUUGGGCGCUUUUGGAGCAUCGGUCCUCAGGAAACUCUCUACCUCCCAGGCCCUUGGCUGCACCCUGGAGAAAAUGAGAUCAUCGUGUUUGAGGAACAGAAGUCGGGCAUGAUCAUUCAGUCCAUGGACACCCCGUAUCUAGGCAGGAGCCACUAUGUCGACUGAGCGCCGAGCUUCCUUUUGCUCAGAAAUUUCCAGUUGGGGCCGGGUGAGGGCAGUGGAGAUCCUCUCUCUCUCCAGAGCCCCUUCCUGAAUGCCUGUUCAGUCAUCCUUCUCCAGUGACUGCAUCUUCUUCGGGACCAGCUCUGCGAAGGACCCACUGUCACCCACCACCUGAGGGCCUCUGGCCCAGCUAACAGGAACAUAGAGGGAAGGGAGAACUGUCUUAGCUGCUGUUGUAGACAUGGACCCUCUCUUGGGAUGUUUUUGGGGCUGGGGUGGAGGUUCCUGCCUGCCCUGCUGGAUCAUAGGCGAAGGGGAGAAAUGGUCCAGCAGAGUGGAGACAGGGAAUCCAGUCAUUGGGAGUGAGCCGCCCUGGGUCUCUAGGCUAGAUACUGAAACUGGUAGGUAAGAAAGCAUUUAGUGAAUCUGUUCUCAUUCUGACUGAUCAGUUGGGAUAUAAAUAUCACUCCUUGUUUUAGCCCCUGUAGCAAGUUAAUUGGAACACUUCUGAAGGCAGAGCCCAUGGCUGUCCAGCAGGGAGCAUUAUGUCCAAGUAUUCUGCAGCUGCUGAAGAAGCCAAGUUGAUGCCAGUCACGGAUGAAUUGGGGUUUGGGGAAUGGUGGGGAGUCUGAGGGACAUUCUGGCCUUCCCUCUCCUUCCUUUGCCCUUUAAAUGCCUAGAGUCCUGGUAUAGAGCAGAAAAAUCUCUGUCUGUAAGACAUGGCAUUCUCUUCUCCCCACCUCCCCCCUCAGACCCCUAGAAUAGGAGUGUAAUGUAAUGUGAGUAAUGUAGAGAGGCCAAAGAAAGGGGUGGCCCCUCUCCCCCUCUUUAAAAAAUGGAUACACCUAUUUCCAGUUUUAUUGAAGCAGUGAAGAAAGCAUUUAUGGAAAGGGAAGGCAUGUGGCCUGAGGUACCACUCCUUACCUGCAGGAAGAGGUCUUCACUUUGAAUCACUUAAGCACUCAGGGACUAUGGGACUACAGAGGGGUCUUUGCUAGAUCCCUACUACCUCCCCUCCCACAAAUCACCUUUAUAACUCUCCUGUCUUCUCUUCCCAAAUCCAAACAGCAGCAGAGGCCUUGGGGGAAGAGGCCAGCCCUAGCCCCUUUCCUUUGGGAAUUAUUUCCUUUUUCCACAGUUGAGGUGUUGCUGUUUUGGGAGUGACGCCCAAUGGGUUGGUUCAGUUGUGUCUGAAUUUCAAUAAAGCCAUUGCUUAAAGUUUUGCCUGAA